GGGUUCUUCUCGUUUUGUUCAAUCUUUUGAAAGUUGAAAGCUUUUUGUCAAAUUGGUUUCUUUGCUAUGAAGAAAAUAGGAGGCUGCUUGCAUUUGUUGUUAUUGGUCCUUGUUUGACUGGCUGGUCUUUCCUCUUGAUUUCUAUCUGGAAAAUCUGCUGCUUCUUUUGCUUCUGAGUUCAGAAGCGCUUAUAAACUUGGAAUUGGAGUUAAUUCUGAGCGUUUAAUCCAACAAGGAAGAAGUAUGGUGGGAUUUUCUUUUCCCUUUGGUUUAGUGUCCAUAUCUGGCUAUCUUGCCCCUGAGAAAGAAUUUCACUUGCUGGCAUCUGUCCUCUUUGGCAUCUUUCUCUGCGAUAUUGUUUACAGAUUAACGCGCCUUAUUAGCCUUCUCACCGUUGAGGGAUAUGACAAACUCAGCAAAGCAGAAAAAGUUGAAUGGAACAACCGGGGGUUCUCAACUGUUCAUGCUAUUGCCGUAGCAUUUGCAUCAUUUUACCUUGUAGUGUUGUCAGAUACUUUUCAUGAGGAUCAUCGUGAUGAGCCAAUCAUUAGCAGAAGAUCUACCUUUUCAAAUACAACAUUGGGGAUCUCCAUCGGAUAUUUUCUGUCAGACUUGGGAAUGAUUUUGUGGUAUUUUCCUGCUUUAGGUGGACUGGAGUAUGUUUUGCAUCAUGCACUAUCUAUGUACUCGAUCUUUCUCUCCCUUUUAAGUGGAAAAGGCCACAUUUACAUACUAAUGGUUCUGUUCUCUGAGAGCACGACUCCUUUCGUAAACAUGAGAUGGUACUUGGAUGUUGCUGGUAAGAAGAACUCUAACCUGUACGUCGUCAAUGGCGCAGCAUUGUUCCUGGGGUGGCUGGUGGCAAGGAUUCUUUUGUUCAUUUACUUUUUCGUCCACUUGUUUAUCCAUUUCAAUCAAGUCAAGACAAUUUUCCCUCUGGGAUUUUACAGCUUGUUCCUGGUGGCUCCAAUGCUGGCUACAAUGAAUCUCAUUUGGUUUUGGAAGAUCACCAAAGGUUUGAUCAAAACUGUUUCCAAGGCCAAACACAGUCAGUGAUCCUUCUAUCUCGAGAGUCGGGAAUUCGACGUACCCCGAUGUCCAUUAGUCGUACGUCUUCUUCCCUUGUUUCUUGAUUGAAUGUGAAAGAUGAAUAGAACAAUCACUAGAUGUGGAUAAUUUGAUGGUACAUAAAUAUCUGCCACAAAGUUUUGGUUCUCAAAUCAACGUUUAUGUCAUUUUUUGGUUACUAUUGGAGAUUAAACUCGAAAACUAGACCCGACGAAAUCAUAUACUGCACCAUUUUUCACGAAGAGUUCGGGACCUUCGGGUCAAAUGUCGAGUGAUUUUCAGACACCAAUUUUCUCUCAAUGUACAACUUGUUUACUUUUAGCAUUUGAAUUGAAUAAAACUAAGAAAACUCAAUUGAUAGAUAUAAA